GACAUUGAACGCUUAUCCAUCUGCUCGCAGUUCAAUGUUCCAAUUGGCAAUUGCAAGCAUUGAAAGCAACAUUGAACAAGCAAGCGGCAGUAGGAGGUAGCAACAAGAAAGUAGUUGCAUUCAACUUAUUACAUACCUACCUACCUUUAGUAGAUGCACUCUGGUUCUUAGUCGACUCUCAAAUCAACUCUACCUACUCAACUUAACUCAACUCAACUCAACUUACCUUUUUCAAAUCAUUCCUUCUUUUCGUCUUUUUUGACUCUUCCUAUUCCGUCGCAUAUCUCAACUCCAGCCCCCAGUGCUGUUGAGUCUACUACGUACUACGUACUUUGUACUAUUUUCUACAAACAUUGAACUCCUUACACAUACAACUAAACUACUUAAUACAUGAAAUAACGGCGCCAGUCAACCAGACUAGGAAUUUUGUAGGGAUCUUUUCGAAGAAGUGGAUCACUUCUUGACCUCCUGACAUCCCAUUCCGAGGUCCUCCCUAUCAUUACUUUCUGUCGUUUUUUUGCGCUUAAUUAUUUGUCUGCCUCUUCUCUUGGUAUUUUUCUGAACUGCCCAUCGUUCGUUUAACUCGUUAUCGUCUUCAGCGUUCUUGAUGCUAUUGACCUAUUGGCUUAUUGAACAAUACCAAUACAAGACCAAUUCAAAAUUAAGCAAACUGGCUUAACACACUAAACUCUAUCUUGCAAUGGGCAACAAUCAAGGCAAGCCCGUUGACCUCAACGGCGAAGUAAACCUCAACCAUUUCCGAUUAUUACGAGUAGUCGGCCGCGGCGCCUUUGGCAAAGUACGGAUAGUCGAAAGGAAAGAUACAAACUUAUCCUUCGCGCUGAAAUAUAUUCGCAAAGAUGAGGUCGUACGCUCCGAAAGUGUUCGAAAUAUCAUACGAGAACGUCGCAUGCUCGAACAUGUGAACCAUCCCUUUAUUUGUAACUUGCGUUACAGCUUUCAAGAUAUCGAGUACAUGUACCUCGUGGUUGAUUUAAUGAGCGGCGGCGAUCUACGUUUCCACAUCUCAAGAAAGACAUUUACCGAAGAGGCUGUGCGGUUCUGGAUAGCUGAGCUAGGUUGUGCUCUCAGAUAUAUACAUGGACAGGGUAUAAUACAUCGUGAUGUAAAGCCGGACAACGUAUUGUUGGAUGCUGAUGGUCAUGUCCAUCUGACUGAUUUCAAUGUCGCAUCGGACGUUGUACCCGGCAGAGUUCUUACGAGCAAAUCGGGAACACUAGCAUAUCUCGCCCCCGAAGUCUACGCAGGCAGAGGCUACGAUAUUCGAGCCGAUUGGUGGUCAUUGGGUGUCCUCUUCUACGAAUGCAUCUAUAACAAGCGACCGUUCGAGGGCAACUCGGAAGCGACAUUGACGAACGUCAUCCUCGGCGCGAACCCGAAGUUUCCUGUCACCCAACCCCCCGUCUCGCUGCCGUGUUUGUAUGCCAUUGGUGCGGCCCUCAACCCGAACCCUGACAAGAGACUCGGUCAUACAUGGGAAAGCUUCAUAUACGAGCCCUUUUUCCAAUGCAUUGACUUCAUAGCUUUGGAAAGGAAGGAGCUGGAGCCCGUGUUUAUCCCAUCAUCAGAAAAGACCAACUUCGAUGCUACCUACGACCUAGAAGAAUUAUUACUAGAAGAAGCGCCCUUGGAAGCCAGGGCACGAAGGCAAAAACCCAGAGAGAGGUUAAAGGAUGAUGCUACCGAAAAGGAGAUUCGGGAAGAGGAACUGUAUCUCACUAUAGAGCGAGAAUUCCAGCCGUUCGACUACACUGUGGCGGCCUAUAAGAAACUUACGGGAAUAAAUGGCGAAGAGAUCUGCGAUGACGAUUCUAACCCCGGUCCAGCUAACCAAGAACCCCAAGCCAUUAGCACGAACGAUGUUAAGCCGGCUCCAACUGGCAAUGGGGUUCCACAGCCAUCCUAUCAACCCACACCUGCUCCGGGAUCAAGCCCACCAGACAAGGCCUAUCCGAAUCCCACCCGACCAGCACCGGCCACACCACGACAGCAGCCGCCACCGCUACCGUCCUAUCACCGAGCAUAUAAUAAUAAGAGCAUGUCUCAAUCGUCAGGAAUACAAGUCAAGUCGCCAACCGGUGGGAUGUCAGUUACUCUCGAUGACACUGGCAGCUGGUCGGAUCUGGCGCGUAGGGAUGCCACCUUGCCUGCUGAUGCCAAUGCUAUAAAUGACGAUAAGCCAGGCUCAGGGAGCGGCGGCGUCUUUGGGAUUUUCGGUCGAAAGAAGAGGGGCCACAGUCCGAAACCAAAAGAGAGGGGAGUUUUGGGUAAAGAAGGAGCUCGACAAGUGGUCGGUUGAUAUUAUCACAGCAUUUGAUAUCAUAGCGUACAUUGAUUAUCUUUGAGUACGAGGAGCGAGCGAGCUUGCGGGAACUUUCGUGGAUCUAUUUACUUGUUAUACCCGUCUUCCAUCGCAGAAAGAACAUCUCGUUUGAUCUUCUUUUGCGGGCCGAAGCCAAACCCCCGAGCAUACUAUAUGCAAGUCUUCAUUAGUAGAAGACUGAAUUCGACACACCAAACAAUCCGGCGGUCACGAUAUCCUCGUCAAUUCUUAAAUGGAUUGAGAGCAAAACCGUACCCAUGGACUGCAAGCAUACAACGAGCCGGAUCACACACACCUGGGCCUCACCAUCACCAUCCGUUUCGAGUGAGAUUUUCAGUCGGGAUUUAAUACAGCUUGUGACUCGUCAGUGACAAGCCCCGGUUUAGUUUACGGAAGGCCUAUUCAAGAUGAAAUGAAGUUGUUAUGACGCCCGCAUGGAAUUUCCCUAAUUGGCUACGUCAAUGUUAUGGCUCACGGCUUACAGCUGAUGCAAGCUGAAACGGGAUUUACAAGAUCCGUUGGUGGCAGCAAUCAGCGAGGGAGACGAGACAGUGACGUAGGUAGGCAGGUUAGGAUAUUGGGUAACAACGGAGGCGUAUAGACACACUAUUACUACUAGGUACAGUCGGCAUGUUCUAUAGUGGUGGUGGAGUAUUGGGGUGUUCAGGCCACCGCUCUGCAGAGGGCAUGAAUAUACAUAUUUUUAUGAG